GUGAUCAAAGAGCAGCAAGACAGGCCUCAAUAACUCUGUCAAUAUUUGCCAUUUGGCAUAUAUAUUCUGAGCCUUUGAAUAAAGAUACAUAUAGAAGCACUGGGAAGGUUUGUCCUUGACGACUCACACUUUGAAGAGCAUGGACUUGACAGCUGAGAGUCACUCCAUUCCUCUGAGUGAUGGAAACAGCAUACCUUUAAUGGGACUGGGAACUUAUGGAGAUCCCCGCACGACCCCGAAAGGAACUGCAUACGAAUCAGUCAAAUUGGCAAUUGAAACAGGGUACAGACACCUUGAUGGGGCUUUGGUCUAUUUUAAUGAACAUGAGGUGGGACAAGCUAUCAGGGACACAAUUGCAGAUGGAACUGUGAAGAGAGAGGACAUCUUCUACUGUGGGAAGUUGUGGAACACGUUCCAUUCACCGGAUCUGGUUCGGCCUGCUUUGGAGAAAACAUUGAAGACGUUACAGUUGGAUUAUGUUGACCUCUACAUUGUAGAAAUGCCCACAGCCUUCAAGCCAGGAGAUACAUUUUACCCCAAAGAUGAGAACGGGAAGUACAUGUAUCACGAGACAGAUCUCUGUGCAACAUGGGAGGCUUUGGAGGCUUGCAAAGAUGCUGGACUGAUAAAGUCUCUUGGAGUAUCCAACUUCAACAAGAGACAACUUGAGUUGAUCCUAAACAAACCUGGGCUAAAACACAAGCCUGUGUCAAACCAGGUUGAAUGCCAUCCCUACUUCACUCAGCCAAAGUUGCUUGAGUACUGCCAGCAGAAAAAUAUUGUCAUUGUGGGAUACAGCCCUCUGGGGACAUCUAGAGAUGCAUCGUGGGUAAACCUAAAAUGUCCCCCAUUGUUGGAAGAUGAGUUACUGGCAUCAAUUGCUAAAAAGUAUAACAAGAACACAGCCCAGGUGGCGUUGAGGUUCAAUGUGCAGCGAGGAGUGGUGGUCAUUCCAAAGAGCUUCAACCCUGCUCGCAUUAAGGAGAACUUUCAGAUAUUCAACUUCUCUCUUUCUGAUGCCGAGAUGAAGACAAUUGAGGGAUUGAACAAGAACAUUCGUUUUGUGGAGCUUCUCAUGUGGUCUGAUCACCCAGAGUAUCCAUUUCACGAUGACUACUAGCUCCAGAUGUCAAGACUUUAAUUACAUGUGUUCAAAUAAGCAGGCUUUCCCAUGUAGUGCCUUUUCCUUCAAAAUCAUUUUGGUAGUACUUUUAUCGUGCAUUUCAUGAACUAUUUGAUGUAGACUUUACUUUAAUGAUGAAAGUGAUUGAAUUAAAGACCAUAGUGUGUUCUAUUUUC